AUGGGAUGCGGAGCUGGUCGAUCUUAUACCAAAAAAGAUAUUGAAACUCAUAUCAACAAAUGUCAAACGCGAUUACCCUCAGCAGAACUUGCCGAAGAUGGAACGAUCAAAUUAACAAGUAAAAAUGGAUUUUUCAAUGCCAGUUCACUACUCAAUUCACAAUGGCUACAAGGAAAACUUAGUAAUAACGAAUACCGACAAGCUAUUGAACAUAUUAAUCAACGCAUUGGUCAAUCAGUCGUCGGUUCACCGAAAAAUCUCUCAAUUGAUCAGACGCCCAAAAGUCAUUCAGCAAAACUAGCCGUUGAAGAGUUAAACGAAAAAUAUCGCGGCCGAGUUCAUUUUCUUUAUCGAAAUGACGAUCAAGAAAAUGGAAUGAGUACUUCUGAAUCUAUUUUAUACAUAAACUUUAAAUAA